AUGCCUUUUGCACAGCUCGUUAUUGGACCUCCGGGUGCGGGCAAGUCUACAUACUGCAAUGGCAUGCAUCAGUUCUUGGGGGCGAUAGGUCGCAAAUGCUCCAUCGUCAAUCUUGACCCCGCCAAUGACAAGACCUCGUACCCGUGUGCGCUGGACGUGCGCGAUUUAGUGACGCUUGAGGAGAUUAUGGAUGAGGAGAAGCUGGGACCGAAUGGAGCUACACUUUAUGCUCUAGAGGAGCUUGAAGAGAACUACUCCUGGUUGGAGGAGGGACUGAAGGAGCUUGGAGAGGAUUAUGUUCUAUUCGACUGCCCAGGUCAAGUCGAAUUGUUCACGCACCACGUAUCACUACGGAAUAUCUUCUUCCGCAUCCAGAAACUGGGCUAUCGACUAAUAGUUAUCCACCUUAUCGACUCAUACACUCUCACGCUCCCUUCAAUGUACAUUUCCGCACUUCUACUCUCUCUCCGUGCCAUGCUCCAGCUCGAUCUUCCACAUUUAAACGUUUUGACCAAAAUCGACAACCUAUCCAACUACGCCGAUCUCCCAUUCAACCUGGACUUUUACACCGAGGUUCAGGACCUUUCAUAUCUGCUCCCACACUUGGAAGCCGAGUCCUCACGGCUCACAAAUUCGAAGUUCGGCGCAUUGAACCAAACAAUCAUCGAUCUCGUUGAGGAAUUCGGCCUCGUUGCUUUCGAGACGCUCGCCGUGGAGGACAAGAAGAGUAUGAUGAAUCUUCUCCGAGCCAUUGACCGUGCAUCCGGAUACGCCUUUGGUCCCGCCGAAGGUGCCAACGAUUCUAUCUGGCAAGUUGCCGUCCGAGAAGGAAUGGGCGUAACCGAUGUGCGAGAUGUACAAGAGCGAUGGCUAGAUCGGAAAGACGAAUACGAUGCUCUCGAGAGGGAAGAGCUUGAAGAAGUGGCCAAGCUGCACGAAGAAGCGAGUAGGAACGCAAUGAACGAAGGCGCCUUGGACGAGGACGAAGACAUGGAGAACUGGGGCCCGUUACCCGAUAGCGGAGUGACCGUUCGACGAAAGGAAUGA